CCAUGGAAUUCCUGACCAACGACUUCCUGUUAUAGAACAAGUGGUCAAUUCUUCUCAUUCAAUCACGCCUUUUUAUGAGCUUCUUCUCUUCUGCUGCUUGCUUCAAUCCCUUCCAUGGCUCCAUCUCUGACUGGAUUUGUGAAGAUGAAAUGCCGUCACAAGUUUACGCUUUCCUCCUCCUCCUCCUCUUACUUGCUGCCUCUGCUCCUUGCCUUCCACUUUAAUCCUGCAGUAGUAACCGCCAUCGAUCCAAGAUUCAUACGAGACAUGUGCCCAACCGAAGCUAACUACACAGCAGGUAGUGCAUUCGACACCAAUCUCAAUCUUCUUCUCUCUUCCCUCUCCUCCUCCUCCGCCGCCGCCGCAGGAUUUCACAACGACACGAUAGGCCGACGCCCGGACUAAGAACAGUAGGAGAACAACAUUAUUUAUCGUCACCAUCCCUGUGACUGCAGCAGUGUUGCUGUUCCUUUGUGCCAUGUUUAUUUGUUGCCGAAGAGCAAAAACAACAUUACCAAGAUGGAAAUCACUUUCACAUAUAUUCAGUAUGGCUGUUGAAUUAUUAUAUAAUGUUCGAGCUUGUACAAAUGUUUAUUCCUUACUAUGAUAAACAUGUCCGAACAGAGAAUAAAGAUCAACGUGAAAUAAGAGGUCCAGAAACACUAUUGCUUGAUCUUGAGAGUAUUCGAAUCGCUACAGAUAACUUCUCUGAUGCAAACAAGCUAGGAGAAGGAGGAUUUGGACCGGUUUAUAAGGGAAGACUAGAGAAUGGAGAGCAGAUAUCAGUGAAAAGGCUUUUGCGAAGCUCCGAUCAAGGACUAGUUGAGCUGAAAAAUGAAGUGCUUCUUGUUGCCAAACUUCAACACAGAAACCUUGUCAGAUUGUUGGGUUGUUGCUUAGAGUCAGAGGAGAAACUUUUGGUUUAUGAGUACCUUCCUAAUUCAAGUCUUGAUAAAAUUUUGUUUGAUUCCUUUGAAGAUAGUACAAUUAGAUUGGGCAAGGCGGUUUAAGAUCAUUGAAGGCAUCGCUGGAGGACUUCUUUAUCUUCACGAAGAUUCACGAUUAAAGAUCAUUCAUCGAGACCUAAAAGCGGGCAACAUCUUGUUAGAUGCUGAAAUGAACCCUAAAAUUUCAGAUUUUGGUCUCGCGAAGCUUUUUGGAGUAGAUGAAACACAAGGAAACACUAGUAGAAUUGCUGGAACAUAUGGAUACAUGGCACCAGAGUAUGUUCUUCAUGGUCGCUUAUCGAUUAAAUCAGACGUGUUUAGUUAUGGUAUACUAACCUUAGAGAUCUUGAUUGAUCAGAAGAAUAAUAGUUGUUUAGGGUCAUCAUCAGAGUAUUCCGUCAAUCUUAUCACUUAUAUUUGGCGCAAUUGGACUCGAGGAAAUGCUCUGCAAACAAUCGAUCAAAAACUAAUCGAUCAGUCCGACUCAAGAAGUACUAAAAUGCAUGCAUGUAGGACUAUUGUGUGUGCAAGAAGACCGAUUCAAAGACCUACCAUGGCCACCGUUGUUGUUAUGCUUAACAGUCACUCUAUUAGUCUUCCUAUGCCUUCAGCUCCAGCAUUUGUCAAUCAUAGUGGUACUGUAACCACUUGAAUCAGAUGGUGUUUCAGAGAGGGACAAGAAUUAUAAUGGAAGGGGAAACCAUCAAAAUUUUCUAUAAAUGACGUUUCUCUUUGAGUUGAGCAUCGAUGGUAAUAAAUCAAAAUAUCAUGGAAACUUCGUGUGUGUUUUUUUUUCAUCUUCACAAAAGAAAGAUUGUGUCAUUUUAUAAACUUUAUUAAUUUGUAGUGGAUCUCUCAUAAUAAGUUUCAAGUUUGUCUAUAAACUAGUUCAAGUGAAU